CUCAGCAGUCUGUGCAGGGCUCAGCUCCUCUCUGCUGUGCGCACUUCGAGCGGUUUAACAAGCAGUCUCCUCCACGAGCGGGAUCAUCAGCAAAUUUAUAUAUUUAUCUAGGCCUGCUGCAACGCCAAAAGUACAAAGGCUCAUUAUGGGAAACAGGCUCAGCAGAAGGCGAGAAACCCCAGCCAGCACCCAUGAAACUGUGGCUGCUGAAGAGAACACCACAAAGGAGCCAGGAAACGACUCUGCAGUAACAGAGACUCACGAAGCCACCAAAAUGGAGGAUCUAGAUGUGGUGGUGGGAGAGCCAGUGACACCAGUGGCGUGUUUACCCAAUGAAGAAUGUGUUGCGGAGUUUAAAGAAGCAGAGGCUUCCAGUGCCUCAGCCCUGAAAAAUGAUACAGAACCAGCACCUGUGGUAAAGGAAGCCCCAGUCCAACCUGAACCUCAGGUCUCAGCCAGCACACCUUCACCUUCAGAACCAGCUGCUGAAGCUGAGCUUGCUCCUGACUCCGAACCAGACAUUGAGAUAGUCCAGCCCAUCUCAGAGCCAGCACCAGCCUCAGUGGAGCAUCUGGAGAACCAGGCGGAUCAACUAACACAAGAGUCUCUCCAUGAACUGGUUCUUUCUUCGCCCCCUUUGACCGACUCUGGUCCCCCUGAUUUCGUGCCCUCCCAAGAUCCCAGCCCUGUCCCAGUCAAUCCAGACGAGCCAUCAGACCUCCCAGCAGGUGAGAAACGCCAAGAUGGUGAUGAGGCUGCUGACAAUUCCACGCUUGAGCCAGAGAAGCCAACAGAAGCACAUCUGGAAAAGCCGAUGGAGGUGGAGGCUGAAGAGAGUUUGGAGAAGCUUGGAAGUGAUGUCAACGAGGAAAGCGUUAGUGAAAUCCCAAAGAACUCGGAGCUGAGAGGAAAUGACCUUGUCAGUGACCUCAUUCCAAGAGAUGUCAAUGUCCCUGAUGACACUCCCAUCACAGACAUGAGCACAUCUACUGAGCUGAUGUAAAUCAAUCAGAGGAUUCAUGAAGGAAGUGAAACCCUCUAAAUCUAAAUUGUGAAUGGAUCGAAAAAUAGUGGUUUGUCUCACCCUAAGUGCCCACAUUAAUGCUAAUAUAGCCUUUUUUUUUAUUUUAAAUGAACCAAAGGUGCCGAAAAGCAGUGUGUGUGUACAUGUGUGUGUUGUGAUGGAAAGAAGAGUGACCUAGAAUACUUCAUUAUUAGACAGAGAUCUUCAUCUAUGAAGAUCUAGACAGAAAUUAAAUGUGUCUUGUAUAUAUUUGAGCAGUUUUUUUGUUUUAAAAAAAUUUGCAACAAAAAGAAAAAUGAAAAGAAGGUUAAUGAAAGAAAUGUAAAGGACAAAGAAUGCAACUUCAGCUGGAAACGGCAUAUGCAUUCCACAACUGGUUACAAGUAUCUACUACACAUUUAUGAAUUAACAUAGUAAUACUUGGCAUUUUCAAUAAUCCACUAAUCAGAAUGAUUGUCAUCUUAUGCAAUUUUAAAUAAAAUAAAUGAAUUUUCAAUUUCAAGUAGUUGCCUUUGAAAAUAAACUGGCAUUUACACAUAACAAUCUUGCUCCCUGCUUUUCAAAAGUAUAUUUUAUAGUAUCUGGUCACACUGAAGAUUCUGGGAAUGGAUUUUUGUGGGGGAGGAAAAAUAGCAGAUACUCGGGGCAUGUUUGACAAACUACUACAUGUACGGGGCACUCUGCAAAUGGCAAUAGAAAUCUAUGUAGCAAAUCCCAGUUCAUUUAAGAGGGACUGGAGCUUCUCACUGUCUCGUGGGAGAGAGGACAUCAGAGGAGGGAGGAGAAAGGGGGGAGACUAAGCCACAUUCUUUCCAGAGGAAGGAGAUUUUCAUGGGGCCUGGGUCAAAAGUCUUCAGUGUGACUGCAUUUCAGUCCAUGAGAAAUCUGUUCCUCACAUGCCUCCCCUUGCUUACACUACAUUGCUAUCCCAAAAUCUUGUCUGAGUAGUCAGGACUGGUAUGAGAGGCCACUCCUAAAUGCCUUAAAACUUUAAUCUACAGUCAUGUGGAAAGAAAGCACACACUUUUGCAAUACUGUGGUUUAAUUUAUCAGGUCAUAAAAAAUAACCUAAAACUGGGUAACCACAACCUCAGAUAUUACAUCAUAACAAGAUUUAACCACAGUGUAGAAGCAGUGUGUGAAAAGCAGCCGACAGGUGCUGCUAACCAAAUACAUUUGAUUAAUUGAUAAUUAGCAAAUGUUUGCACCUCUAUAAAAGCAGAGAUUUUAGCAGAGUGCUGGUUUGGAGCAUUGCCCAUUUUUUCAUGAGUGGAAAACAUUUAAGACGGUUUCCAAUCUUCCCAGGUGUGGAUAUCUCCACGUGCACGGUGGUGGAGGGGUGAAUAUUUGGGCUCAGUUUGCAGCUACAGGAUCUGGACACAUUGCAGUCAUUAAGUCGACAGUGAACUCCUCUGUACAUCAGUCUAGAGUCUCACGUGAGGCCAUGUAUUAGUCUUUUAUAUCCUCGACAAUAAUGUGAAAGACUGAUAGUCAUACAGAAAAUGAUUACUUCACGUUAUUGUUAUUAAAGGUGGUUUUACAAGCUACAUGGGUGUAGUUAGUUUUUCACAUACCACUUCUGCAGUUUAGCUUUUUGUUAAAUAAAUAUAGUGUAAUAUG